GAACCAUUUCACAACAAGGUUGUUUCUACCUCUCGUAAUUUCCUGCACCUGGCAACCCUAUGAUGACAAUAGACCUGACUUGAAGGAAAUGAAACAGCUUGCUUUUCCCCGGUUGAUGGAUUUAUACCCCUCUAGACGUUCUCUUUCACGUGCAGUGUAUUGAAGACACGGGUGUAACACCAUUGCCUACUUAAACCUUCGUUUUUGCUCUUCUCGUCUAUCAUUAGAAAUACACGCUGUGCAAUUCUCGUGUCUACUUCCUGCUAUUUCGAAGGUUGCCAUUCACUCCUUUUGUUACCUGCCUUUUUCUCCAUAGUCACUUUUUCUGAAUACACAAUUUCACCUCUCAAAUAUACCAUAGUUAGGGUUGUCUUUCUAAAAUCUUUUAGCAAACAACAUUUCGACCGUUUCCUUGAAAUGCAAAAAUAUUUCACCUCUCUUCUCGCUCUUGCUAGCGCUGCAUCGGCACUUACCCCCUCAGCCCCAACUAUUGUUGCGCCAGCAGACCCAGCAGCGGGAACCCCGGUUUCCAUAACUCCCCAUCAACAAUUCUCCAGCUCAAUCGGCGUUCUUGGUUGCAUGAUCAACACUAACCGCGUUGCGUACUGGCCCACUUUCCCAGAUUGUGGCGCUAGUAUAUGCUUGCAAGUCUCCCAUGCUGGCCGCUCCGUCAACUUGCUUCAUAUCGACCAAUCAGGUGGUGCACAUGAUAUCUCUUAUGAUGCUUGGAACUAUCUCUACGCCGGACAAUCUGCUACAAAGAAACCAAAAGAGGGCGGAGGCAUAUCUGCUAUAUAUACCAUCCAGCCCAUGUCAGCUUGCGCGGAUUUGAUUACAUCUCCGGAUAAAAAACUUCCAUUCUCAGCGGCGAACUCAAUGAACUAUAUAUCAAACUGUAUAAAUACGGGGCCAAACUGGGUCGCACAAAGCUAUGGACUAUGGAACAUUGCAACGAGUGCUUGUACAUACGGAAAGGAUGAAGAAUGCACACUGAAUUUGAAAACAAGUAAUCAACCUACUUGUCCAUCUCAGUUGGGCUUGCAGACACCGUUGACUUCAAUGCCAGUUUUCGAUUUGGAAUAUGGCACAGGGAAACCUGUCUUAGCCGUGUAGGCAGAUAGAUGCUGAACGGCGUGUGAGUGGUAUGGUGGCGGCCGAUGGUGAUGGGCGAAAAGUACAGACUUUCCAAGAGUACUAGUAGGCGAGAGGACAAAAAAGCAUGAUUCCAACUUUGUAUUAAUAAUAUAAAUCUCUCACCGAGCUGUGGUCCGAUAAAGCGGGUGUGUAAUAAGUAUAUUAUAAAUAAUUGAUUUCCU